AUGACGCACGCCGAAUUCAAAGACCACUAUGAGAACGUCCACGUACCACUCACGAGAGAACUCACCGGGUCGCUCUUCCCGUCGCUGCACGCGCGGAGGUACAUCGAGCGCUCGCCCGAAGACGGCAAACCUGUUGUGCUAGUGGGAGCAAAGGUCGACGAGGAGGCGGAUGCCGUGGUGGAGGUCGCGUUCAAGGAUGAGCAGGCCGCGCAGGCGUUCUUUGCUGCGACGAACACCGGCGAGGCGAUGGAGAGGUUGAAAGAGGAUAAUGCGAAGUUUUUGGCGUGGGAGAAGGUGCGGAUCUUGAAGGUCUCGGAGAUGUUUGAGACACGCGGGGAUGCGUGA